AUGCUAUUUGAUAGAGAUAUAACCACCAAUGGGUUGCUAUACUAUCUAGCCUUGGGGAUUCUUAUCUGGCUAUUAACUUGGUACAUUGUCUAUCUAAUUUCCGGGUUCCACUUGAAAACAAUCACCAUAAACAAUGGCAUAUCUUUCAAUGGAGUAUCGUUUCAAACCAAAAGAUUCAAUGUCAAGAUACGAUCUCUAAGAUUCAGAUUAUGGGGGAACACCAAGAUGACCAUUGUUGAUGACCUCACUAUUAAACUAUACACUAAAUCUAAGGAAUCCACCACACCACCACCAUCACCAUCAUCGUCACAACCAAAACAACAAUCAGAAACACCGGAUUUCGACACCUCCCAUAUCUGUGUGUAUUCCAGAAACAAACUUGUCAGAAUAACCACCAGCUUCCUUAUAAAGCACUUUCCAACACUAGACUUGGAACUAAGAAACACAUCUAUUACAUCUGCAUUUGGCUACGAGACAAAGAUACACUAUAUCAAAACUAAUAUUACAUCUAGAAACAGUAAAAGGCAUCUCAACAAGGUAAAGUUUAAAACAGGGUUAUUCGUCAAUGAAGUAACUCAUCAAAUACAAGCAAAACAAGUUUUGCUUACCCCGUUUCAACUCCGUGCAUUUAGAGUCGAUAUCGGGUUUUCCAUCAACACCAUAACAGGUUUUUUGGACUCGUUGAUUGGGAAAGUAAACAUAUCAGAUAGCAAUGUACUGGUAUUCAGCGGUAUAAAGUAUUAUGUCUUGUACGACGAGUUGAAACACGAGCAUAAUACCAAUCGAAACACAAACUGGCAUGAGUCAGGGUCAGAUUCAGACUCAGACUCGGAGUCAAAGUCAGAGUCGGUGCCGGAAACCGAAAACAAUGAGCGUAAAGCUAAAGAACGUAACAAGAAAAGAAAACUACAUACACUAGAUAGGACCUUGAAGAUAUUAUAUCACCUUAUUACCGAUAUCACAAUUCACAUUGAAGGUUCCAAGAUUUCUGAAAUACCUUUUGUUUUGAUAGAUGAUAACUUGAGUAUUUCCGAUUAUUACAAUGAACCACGGCCAAGAACGUCAUUGGAACUUUGUACUAAAGCAAUUACAUUCAAUAUCGCACGCAUUGAUGAAGACGCAGCUGGCUUCGAGGUCUUGUUUGACCCAACAACUGAUUCUCCCUUCCACUGGACAAGUUCAAUUCAAUUGAUAAAAUUAUUCUUUGUUCGAAGAGUAGAAUUGUCUACGGGGCAUUUCGGUCACGAAUCUGAUGAAGUGUUGAAUGUACCCAACUUUUCGUUUACGCAUAAAACAAACUUGCUAGGGCAAUUGGUCAAGGCAAAAGGUUUCAAAAAUUGCGUUAUGGAAGUUUACUUUUCAGCAAGCACCCCGAUUUUUGACAUUGAUGCUAAACAAUUGAGUGCUAUUCUCUAUAAUAUCGUGCUACUCAAAAAAUGGAUGAAACUAAGAAAAUUGAGAAGAGCUUUGAAUAAUCAACAGCAAGGUGAUGUGGUUGAGAGUAGCGAUACAACAAAGAUAGAUUCUGGCGAGGACGACGAGGACGACGACGAGGACGACGUUGUUGAUGAUGAUGAUAAUGAUUACGAAGGAGAAGAUGCUAGAAAUAGAAAAGGCGACACGGAAGUUGAACCAUUGAAAGCAAAAAUGUGGAGGUAUUUAAACGAAUACUAUCCAAGAUUGGACGUAAAGUUGGUUAUUGAGCAACCUCGAAUUGUUCUAAGACACUACGAACCAGGUAAGCACACUCAAUUAUUGAGCUUUUCUUACUCAUUGUUGAAUUUCAAUUUGUCUACAACGGACUCUAGAGACUAUUCUUCUACACUUGAGGUUCUUCACCCAAGUAUCCUUUAUCAAGAAAAGUCAUCACUAGAUGCAAAAGAAUUUAACAAUGAAAUAAUCAAGAAACGUAUUGCUCACUUAUCAUAUCUCAAUAUCAAAUUGGACAUCUUCAAGAAUUUGACAAUUAAGGCGGCAGUUGAAUUGCAUAAAAUUUCCGUGAAUUUGACAAGUUUAGAUAUAUUCAGAGGUAUUCAUUGGUUGUUGCUGGACAUUACCAAGUUAACCGAGACCGAUCUUCAAAUUGGAGUGAUAAAUAGGGCUUUUAACAAAGAAAUAAACCUUAUUAGAAUAAACCUGAGGUAUUCAGAAUUGAGGAAGCAACAUUUGUCCAAUGUCGAACAAACUACAUUGGAGGAUAAAUUAUUCUGCUAUUUGCCCUCUUGGUUAGCUCAAUUAGAUAUCGCAAUGGACUCUGUUGACAUAUUGAUUGGAGCAAGAUCAGUAUUAAUCCCAACAGAUCAAUUAUUCCACUCCGACUCGCCAGCAUUAGAAUAUGAUACCGAUGUUAAUAAAGACUUGCGGAAGUUAAACUUGAAACUUGGCUUUUUAUCCACCCGCAUUCUUAAUCACCAAUUACUCAGUACCCCCACUAAGCAACUGUUUUAUAGAACCAACUCACCGACUUCGCUGGAAACCUUGACUUCGGUACAAGAUACGUCUUUCUGGUCAGUAACAACCAAAGUCGACAUGUUGCAAGUACUUAUGCCAGACGACAACAGUACAAAACACUCCAGCACCGAUCCUUUUAUUACGUUUCCUCAAAUUGAGAUGAGCAUUGAGUCAAUAAGGAAGUUCAGAGAGAUUAAUCAACUUUUGGUAAAUACAAAAGUUGAUAAAGUGCAGCUCAACUUUAAUUUGUUUAAGCUAUUCACAAUAAUUGGAUCAAUAUACUUGAUAAGGGAAUUUAUAAUCUCGCCAAUAAAGCUUAUCAAAACAAAGGUUAGAAAGGACCUUCAUCAGUUUCAAGACUCUGUUUCUUCAAUACAACUGCUGCAGUUUCGUUCUCGUUCUUCUCCUCCAAAAUCAACUAUAGAUUUCUUAACCUGCAAGUUUAAACUUGAUACUGUGGACUUUGUUUUCAAAUUACAGGAUGAGUUUAAACUUAAAUUGCAAGUCUCUGAUAUACAAAUGGAGUUGCAAAAUAGAACUGCAAAACUUUCGUUGUUUUUCAUCCGGUUGCUUGCAAACUCGCCUACAGUGGAAAACAAAUGGUGCAGACUUUUAUGUUUGGAUUCGUUGGAGUUGGGAUCUCAAAUACCCAACUCAAUUAGUGAUUUGAAAAUCGAUAUUCAUACCGAUGCGAUUCGAUUAAUCCAACCUCACAAGUUUGUGGUGUACAAACUAUUUGACAACAUCUCGCUCACUAUUAAACUGGCCAAACAUUUGAUAAGACUCCUUAAAGCAGGCAACGACAAAGAAGGUGCUAGCGUUGUCCACCCCCAUGAACAAAAACCUAUCCUGUUACCAAAAUUGAACAUACAUUCAAGGCAUUUGAAGUUUGCGAUGGAGGAUGAUCCGUUUGAAACUGAAUUGAAUAUGAUUUACCAGUUGGGUAAAGUGGAACAAAGGAAAAGGCUUGAACUUUAUGACUUAUUUGACGCAAAGGAAAAGCUGCUUCGUGAUGAUAAGCAUUAUUUUAGCAAAUUGAAUAGAUUACACGAGACCAUGGCAAAUUCGUGGAUUCGAAAAGUUCGUGUAUACAAAUUACAACUUCGACGAGAGGUUGUCGCUCAUAAGAUAUAUUUGUUUGGUAAUGAGACAAGGUUCGACUCAGACUAUAACAGCGAUGUGGUUGCAUACCCAUUCCACGCUCCAUUGUUGACUAUUGGAAUGGAAGAUUUCAAUUUGAAACUUAGAAGGCCAAAAUUUGAGUUGGAGAAAGUAUCCAGUUUUAUCCAUAACGUGGGGCAAGGUGUGCCUAAGGACACUCCUUACUCUUUACUAAUUCCCACUUAUUUAAAAUUGAGGGUUGCGGAAAUGAGAAUGCAACUUCGAGAUUACCCACUUCCCAUUUUGCAUUCUCCUAGGAAUAAGAAUCCAAAUAACGCAAGUUUGAUGAUGUCUGGCCAUUUGAUUAUAACCGAAGUAUUGGUUACUGCACAGGAAAAUAUCAGACAAUUAUAUGUACCAUUGGUUCCGCCAAAAAAUGGUGAAUUGAACAAAUUUGAUGCUUUGACAAUUGAAAAGACAUUGUCAAGUGUGAAGAUGUAUACUAGUAUGAAAUGUGAUUUCAACUCGGAUUACCCAACUAGAAUAGUUUGGGGAACCUCGUAUGAAUUUGGUAUACAGCAAUUUAUGUUGAAUUUUGAUCAAUUUUCAAAGCCACCUGUUGAUCCUUCAAUGAAAUUGGGAUUUUGGGAUAAACUCAAGUAUAUUCUUCAUGGAUCGUGCACUAUCAAAACCAGAACUAGUCUUGAAGUUGGAUUCAAAGGAUCUAGAGAUCCGUAUGAGUUGUUAGGUUCAGCAACAGGGUUUGUGCUUAGUUUCAAAAACAAUGUGGUGUGGAAAAUCAAUAAGGAUGAUAAUUCCAAAAACUUUUUUGACAUUACUGCGGAGAAAGCAUCAUGGUACAUUCCAAAUUAUUUGGGUGCACCGCUAUUAGCUUGGACAAGAAACAGCGUUGACUCAAUUUACUUGUCUGAUUCAGAUAAGUUUAUAAGCUCUUGUUUUGCAUACUAUCUUGAUGAGUCACUAUCAUCAUCAUCGCCAUCGUCGUCCACGACAAAACCAGAUUUGGACCGUCUAAAUAACGUUUUCGCAAAGAAUACGAUUGGAUUGAAUGGAGGCAUCAAGUUUAGGGUUGGUUUUUUACUUCAGCGUAAAGUAGAUGGUAAAAGAGUCGAUGAUUUCAAGCCUCAUUACAACGUUCAGCUCAUGAAUCCGAAAUUUUGCGAGGAGGGACAUGAUUCUUAUGCGGGUUUUCGAAGUGAAUAUAUUCAUAUGGCUAUUUCAUUAACGGCAGACCGUGAGAACGCUUACAAUGCCAUACAUUUGAGUCCUGGUGCAUUCACUCAGUUUUUUGCAUGGUGGAAAUUGUUUGCAAGUAACAUGAUGUUACCUAUUCGAAAGGGGCCGCUAUUUGGAGAGAGCAAGAAAAAGGUUAAAUUCUCACAGCACUUGUUUACAAACAAGUUUUCAUUCUUUUUGAAGUCAUUGUUUAUUUCUCAUAUAUACAGAGACGAAAUUGUGGAUGUGGAAGAGGAUAGAAUUGAAUGUGUUGGUUUAAGAGCCAAAAUGGAUGAAUUUUCCGUGGAUUUGCACCAACGAAAGGAACCUGUAACAUUGUAUCACGAGGAACUCUCAAAAGAAACAAAGGUUAUGAAGAUGGUGUUUAACGUUGGAGAGGUUGUAUUAUCAAAAAUCGAUAUGCGUGUUGUCCGUGCGUCUUUUACUCAAAACUUUUAUUCCCAAAACACAAAGAAUGUGGAUAAGAAUGAUAAGGAGAAGAAGUCUAAAUAUAACAUUUUUGGAAAUGACCGUCAAUGGUUUGAUAUCCAAGAUUAUGAAGAGCCAUUUUUGCCUUCGGUGAAAAAUUGUGGCCGUGUUAUUGAUAUAUAUCCCUUGAUGUUCUCGCAUUGGUUUUCUUAUGAAAGAGAUACAGAAAAGGAUGCUAGUAAAAACCAAGAUGAUGAUGAAUAUGGAAAUGAAGAUAUUCACGAUUGUAGGUUAAAGAGUAAGGAUCCAACGGAUGUGCAAGUAGAGGAUUUAUCAAAGAGACUAAAAAAUUUGGAAGAGCAAAUUGCAAAAGUACGCAAAACAGGCAAGUCCACUUUUGACUUGGAAGAACGCAUUAAGUUUAUCAAAAAGGAAAUUGGUAAAGUGUCAAACGGAGACCGAGUCAGUUAUCAGCGUGCUUCAACGGCGAGCUCUUUAUUAGAAAAAAAUGAGCAUUUUCAUAAUAAAUUUACUUGGUUAAGCAUGCUUCUCAAGUGGAACGUCACUUGUCGGAAUCUUGUCAUGAAAUACAUUCACUUUGUUCAAUUGAGGGCUUCCUUACGCAAGUACUUAUCCCACGAGUCCAUCGCUAUGUUGGAUAAAAUUAUAGAUCAUACAAAUGAGGCUUUGGAGAGUGAUGAUUUGUCGUCAUGUGCCAAAACUUUAAAGCGUGUUAUUGAUGAAGGAAAUGAUGAUGAUACUUCCCUUGAAACUGAUUCCAGAGCAAAACAAAUGUCAUCCAAGGAAAAGUUGGUUUCUUUUGAUAAGAUUUUGAAAAAGGUAAACAAGGGAGAAACUUUAUCUGAAGACUAUCUUAUUUCAGUGAUUGCGCCUCAGAUACAAUUGCAAAGCAACGAGUCGCCCGACUCAGUGGUACUAAUUUCUGCUCCCGCAAUCAAUAGUAAAAUUGUGUCAGUGUUGGAUUUGAAAGAUGCAGCAAGGGCUGAGACUCUUGAGACAAGGUACGGAAGUAUUCUUAAAAACGCUAAUGUUUUCAUUUUAGAUAAGCAAGACGUGCUUGAAUCGAGCAGGUAUAUCACAGUUCGACACCCAUAUGGUGCCGAUUCUUCUAACUGGCCACCAUGGUUGGGUACAGAGGUUACCCAAAGGGGCGAAUGGGCUGGUGAAAGUCAUUUGCUUAUUAAGAAUAUGUCCGUUGGUGUACUAUUCUACAAUACCGAAGUUUUGGGAGGCAAUAUAUCCAGAAUGAGUGGUGAUACCUGUUCUGAAGCUAGGAGUGCCAAAAGUGAAAUUGAAUCAGCACAAGUGCAGGCACAAGCGGAUAGAAUGACACCAAAAAGAUUGAUAAUUGAUAUGCCGUCUAUUGUUUUGACUUCGACAUCGUCCCAGUAUUUCACACUAUACGUGAUUGUGAUUGACUUGCUAUUUUACAGUGAACCCAUGACCAAGUACAUUGAGGAUAAGAUUGAAAAGAUGAAACUCUCUAUAGACUUUGAAAGUUUAGGUGCAGUAGCGGAGAAAGUUAAACAAAUGCAGGCAUAUUUCCACAUGUUGAGAUGGUUGACAUCGAAUUAUAGUUUUCGAAAUGGGCACCUAAGCAAUGAAAAGUUGAAUGAAUACUUGCAAAUUAAUCUUACCAGUGGUGAUGUUGCUAGUGACGUAUAUUUGUUGCUAAAAACAUUAUUUACUGGAGACUUCUUUGAUGAUGUGUCAAAAAAUCCCCAAAUAGCGUGGUUGAUUAGAGCUGAUGAGUUUAUUUUACACAUUUUAGAGGAUGAUAGAACACCAAUUUUAGACUUGGCUUUAGCAAAUGGUGAGUAUGAAAGAAAAGAACUUGAAGGUGGAUCGAACAUAAACAAACUAAAAAUUGGAAUGAUGCAAGGAUUCAAUUUGAUCAAAAGUGCCAAAUUCCCUGACUUUAUAAGUCCGUUUAAUAUGCAAAAGGACAAAGAUUUGGUUGAUUUGGACUGGACUAUGAAUCGAUCAGUUGGAGGGAUAAGAAUCUUGGAAAAUAUAAAGGUUAAUUCAUUACCGUUGAGUAUCAAGAUUGAUGAGAUUACAGGUGAGAAGCUUUUAAGGUUUAUUUUCCAAACUGACUCUAUCGAUAUAAAGAAUAGCAAAGUGAUGAAGGUGGCCAAUAGUUUAGAAUCAAAAAAGAAGAAAAUGGAAGAAAACUUGUCGGAUGAUGGGGAUGAGUUUGGAUUAAUCGAUCAAACCGAAGGUAUCAAUAAAAGUGUUGAUUUUGACAAGCUUGCAAGACAGGAGCAAAGUACUAAUAGCUCGAAAAGUAAUAACAAAAAGAAGAGUUUGACCAAUGUUGGAACCCCGGACCGUUUAGGUCUCGAUGACGAACAGAGUGAUGAACAGGUGGAGCAAAUGGUCAAAAGAUCUAAAACUUAUUUUUCUAUUAUUUCCUUACUAGUAAAACCAAUCACUUUGCAAAUUACGGUGAGGUUGAACAAAGGCUUGAAGAGAAUCUUGAAUGUUAGUGAUUUUACAUUGGAUUUACCAGAACUUGUCAUUCAAAACAGAAUAAUGUCGUUUAAUGAUUUAGUCAAUUUGAUGAAGAAAGUGAUAUACAAGACACUAAUGGGUCAUCUUGGAAGCCUACUUGCCAAUAAAUUAAAACCUCACACUGUUGGUUCAGGAGAAUCUGAAUUGGGGCCAUUAAAGCAAGUCAAACAUUACGGAAAGUUCAUUCCUGUAAGGGAAUUGGAAGCAACCAAUUCAGCAUCUACCUAG